AUGGCGUUCCAUCACGUUGCGUUAUUUUUUACGUUAAUAUUUUUGUGGCACAUUCUGGCAAGCGCCCAAUCCUCCGUAGAAAAUAGAAGAAGUUAUAUGUCACCAGAAAAAUCGAGACGCCUGUUUCUUCACCAACCUCUGAGGUCUACGAGGAAAAUCUCCCAGAGGGCAUUCCAAGACAUGGACCUCUUCACUGCCAGAGGAUAUGGCAAGAGAUCGUCAGACUGCUUCGGCGGGAGACUUUGUGGAAAACGGAUCCCUGAAUUUUCCGGGGCUAGGCUGUAUGGGAAGAGGAACAUCGAUAGAAAUCAAUUGAAAUGUUUAUUCGUGGAUUGCGACGAGUUAGAAAAAAAUAUGAGGAACAUGGAAUACCCCAAUGAAAAAUAUACAGGAGAAGAAGAAAUCGUCUUGACGGACCGAUUAGCAGAACAAAAAUAAUUUUCAAUUCAAUAUUGUGACUGGAUUUGAAUGUUGUACCCGAAUAAUGUAAAUUUUGAAACCUAUUGAGUUUUUCAUUUCAGUUCAAAUCAUUAAAAGAAACUAUAGUUAACACAUUCAAGUUAAAAUAGUGUAUGUAACAUUCCAAUAAAAUUUAUUUAAAUAAG